CCCCGUCCCGUUUCUCCACCAGCCAGAGGCUCAAAUUCAUCCACCAAAGCAUUCACUCAAUUUUCUUCAAAGCUCUCCUAUGGGGUUUUCAAUGCGUCAACCUUCAACACCGUGUCAGUUUCCAGUUGCAUUAAUUCGCCAUGGAAGCUUGGGGACAAGCUCCACACAAGUCAAUGAGUCAACAGCAGAAGCGACGUAUCAUUUUCACAAUUAAGACUCAAAGAAAUCGCCAACAUUAAGCAGGUUUCAGGGUUCUCUCUUUCGGAAUUGCGAAGCAGAUGGUUUUCUGGAUCCCUUGAGUGCCGGCUCAUGGCUUCAUCGAUCUUCUCCAAGUUCUGCUCCGUUUCGCUACUGUUGCUCGGGGCUUUGAUUUCUGCAGGUUUCCGAAUAUUCGGACUGAAAUCGGGAAAUAUGGCGAUGGCGUUGGCGAUUGAAGAAGUGGAUUCCAUGGCUCUUUUGCCGUUUGGAUCUGCCUCUGGCAUUGACAGCUUCGUUCGACUUCCUCAAUGCGGUGGCCCUCGCCCCACUGUUGCAGAAUCCGUUGGUGUUUGCUAUGCAAGCUCAGGCAGCAACUUACCAAGUGCCACAGAAGUAGUACAACUAUACAAAAACAAUAGCAUAGGAAAGAUGAGGAUUUACAAUCCAAGUGAAGCAAUACUAAAUGCUCUCCAAGGAUCGAACAUAGAAGUCGUUGUAGGUAUCCCAAAUACCGACCUUGAACAUGUUGUUAAUCUUUCUUCUGCAGCAAACUGGGUCCAAAGGAACAUUCAAGCCUACAUAUCGCAUGUCAAAUUUCGAUACAUCGCCAUCGGAAAUGAUGUCCAUCCAUCUGAUUCUUUCGCUGGUUAUGUCCUACCGGCCAUAAGAAGCAUUUAUGGUGCAAUUUCAGCAGCCAAUUUGCAGGAUCAAAUAAAGGUUUCCACAGUAAUAUCCAUCAGCUUGUUGUCCAACUCCUCAUUUCCUCCAUCUAUCGGCUCAUUUAGCUCCGAGGCUCGUGGAUUUAUCGAACCAAUUGUUAGCUUCCUGGCUGAGAAUGGUUCACCACUUCUUGCUAAUGUGUAUCCCUACUUCACUUACACGGAUAUCGCCCGAACCAUCAGCCUUGACUAUGCUCUGUUCAUGCAAUCGCCAGCUCUUGCAAUAAGAGAUGGCAAUUUCAUGUACAACAGCCUUUUUGAAUCAAUGGUUGAUGCUCUUUACGCUGCUCUUGAGAAGUCAGGUGGAAACGAAGUGUCGAUCGUGAUAUCGGAGAGCGGUUGGCCAUCUAGCGAAGGGACUGCUGCUACGAUUGAGAAUGCAGGUACAUACUAUAGAAAUUUGAUUAACUUUGUCCAAAGUGGGACGCCGAGAAGGCCUGGAAGAGCUAUUGAAACUUAUCUGUUUUCUAUGUUCGAUGAAAAUUUGAAGCCCCCUGAAAUAGAGAAACAUUUUGGUUUAUUCACACCUAAUAAGAAACCGAAGUACCAACUUAGUUUCAGUUAAGACUUUAAGAGUCGUAUGGUAUGUUUUAACUGAUUAAGACAUUAGUUUGAAGGUUUGAAUCUCUAGGCUUCAAUUGUAAUGUAUUAUUAGGUAAAUAAAAAUAUCUACUUUUUACUAUUGAAAUAGGAAUACUCUCUAUGCUCAUAACUAUAAAAGUAUAUAUCGUUGGCGAAAAAAUUGGAGGUUCAAAUCUCUACAUGUACUUGAAACAAAAUAAUGUUGGCUUAUUCUUAUCUUUCCCAGAUGAGGUUUCUGUUUAGCA